CCUAUCCCGGUUUUAGGGUAAACGUAUCCCCGAUUUUCAGACAUUUUAGGGCGGAGCUUGUCAGAAGUUGUGAAGUGGUAAAAAUGAGACAGCGCCAUCUAGUGAUAAGACGUUGACUUUCAAAUAAUACUUUCGGCGGCCAUUUUUGUGUAAUAUGUGAAUACGGCGGCCAUCAUCGUGUAUUACGUGAAUGAAGCCUAACCAUAAUUUCUGUAAAAAUGGUUGGCAGGUGUGCUGUUCCUGGUUGUAAAUCAACAUAUUUCAAAGGAAAUCAAAAAGAAAACGAGUUAUUUGACGAGCACCUCACGUAUUUGCUCCCGUCAUUUUGACGAAAGUGACUUCAAAUCAGGGAUUUAAAUUUUGAACGUGUUCCAUCCUUUCAAACGUAGGAAUCGUAAUGCUGGAGCAAUUCCCAAACAUUUUCUGAUAAAUGAUACACCUAGUCGACAAGCAAUGCAAAAUGUUGAUGGUUUCAAAUGGAGAAAUAACAUUAAUGUGGAAACAAAUGCUAGCAAUGCAUCAGUAAGGAAACGACCAAAAGUAGACAAAAUACCUACUACGUCUAAGAGAAAAAAAUUUGACAGUACAGCACCCUCCAUGGAAAUUACCUCUACUAUUAAAGAAUCAAUCAACAUUCCCCAGGCUGCUGAAGAAGCAAUUUUUGAUCCACUUCCAGAUUCAAUCAAGGAAAAUCUUGCUGUUGUCAUGGAAGAUACGACAGUUGCAUCACCUUCUGUGGAAGCUACCUCUACUAUUCAAGAAUCAAUGGACACCCACCAGGCUGCUGAAGAAGCAAUUUUUGAUCCACUUCCUGAUGUUAUGAACGAAAAUGUUGCUGUUGUCAUUGAAGAUUCGACAGUUACAUCACCUUCUAUGGAAGCAAGCUCUACUAAUUUCAAGUCUAAUUUUGUGACAUUUCAGUCACUAGUAACUUCAUCAAUGGUACCAAAGAAUUGGACAUGGUAUUUUGAUCAAAUUAAACAAACGAUUUUUUGCAUUUCGAUGGAUCAACUACCAAAUGAAAAUUAUAAUGUGAAAAGUGUACACUUUCAAAACAAGAAGUAGUGUAUUAUGUCAACGGAACAAUAAACAAUUUACACAACCAAACAAUAAAAUGUAAGAAUGUUUGGACACUUACAAAGAAUAAACAAUUUACGCAACCAAACAAUAAAAUGUAAGAAUGUUGGGACACUUAGAAAAGACCUAGAGGUUUGACAGUUGGAUACUUCUACCUUUUUAUUUUGUUCACUUCUUGUAGAAAAGUAAGCUGUGAUUGGUCAAUGAG